CCACGUCAGCAGUGCCACAUCAGCAGUGCCCCGCCACCAUGACGGGCUCAGUUUUGGGCAUGCCAGGCCAACUGGCAAAUGAGUCCAUUGCCGAGUACCGACAGCGUUUCGAUACUCAGCUCGCACUAAUCGCGGCUGAGGAACAGCGCCAGCUGGCAGCCGAGGCUCUCUGCCUACAGGCUGAAGCGGCGGCAACAGCUGAGAAGCAGCGGCUUCAGGCCGAAGCAGACGCAGAUACCCAAGCACGCCGCAAGGAAGCCCAGGAUCUGCUGCAGCGGCAUGAAACCACCAGCAUUGAAAGGCUCAAGUUUUGGCAUUUUGAACCAUCCGAGGAGCACGACGACGCGACACCGGAAGAACAGCACAAGGAAUUCAUGGCCAAGCUCAUAACCAGUACCUUCGCUGCACCAGCCACCAUCAGCAAUCAGUUGGACACCUUGAAGACCGAGGUUCAGCAACUGCACCAGCUGCCUAACAAGGAUGGCAACGCCGUGCAGCACUACAAGAUGCCGACAUUCCAAAUCGAGAAGUUCGACGAUUAUACGCAUCAAGACCCGGUCCUCUGGUGGGAGGGCUUUACAACGCAACUUCGGAUUCUGUUCGUCACCAAGCAUGCGUACAUCGGCGCGUUGUUUCUCAACUCAAAGGGCGGAUGCCAGAUCUGGUUGAACCACCUGGCAAUCGUCCACGGCGUCGACGUCGCAUAUUUGAAAGAUAAGAUCUCUUGGGAAGAGUUAACACGGCUAUGGAAGAAGCGGCUCAUCGUGGACGACGCCCCGGCGCUCACCAUCAACCGCCUCUUCACUAUGACGCAAGGCAACACAUCGACACGUGACUGGCUCACGGAAUGGCAAAAGAUCGUGGCAACGCCCGACCUUGACUUGCCAUUUUCGCAUCUGCGUCGCGAUUUCUACAACCGGUCACGUGCCACCUUGAGCCUUGCGCUUGGUGAUCACGAGCAAUACGCAACCUUCGUCGAAAUCAUCGACAAGGCAAGGGAGAUCAUCAAGACCAAUAGGGCAGCUGCACAUGAGAAAUCAGCAUGGCAGCCAACCUAUGUGGAGAAGGUGAAAACUGGUCCGCGGCCGCAGCAUGUCGCUGCAGUCCAAUCGGACAUCAUUGGAAGACCCGGCAGCCACCCAAGCGUCACCUCAUCGCCAUACGGUGCUCCUGUUCUCUUCGUCCGGAAGAAGAACAAGGAUUUGCGGUUGUGCAUCGAUUAUCGCAAGCUCAACGCGCAAACGAUUAGAAACAACGGCCCUCUUCCACACAUCGACGACCUUCUCGAACGGCUGGACGGCGCCAAGUUCUUCUCCAAGCUUGACCUCAAGUCGGGAUAUCACCAACUCGAGAUUUGGAAGGAGGACCGCUACAAGACCGCGUUUAAGACGCAAUAUGGGCACUUCGAAUGGCUGGUUAUGCCAUUUGGCCUUACGAAUGCCCCGGCCACUUUCCAAGCGGCUAUGACAACGGAGUUCCGACACAUGCUGGAUAAAUUCGUACUUAUCUACCUCGACUACAUCCUGGUGUACAGACGGAGUUUGGACGAGCAUGUGGAACACUUGCGCACCAUUUUGGAGCGGCUAUGGCAAGCCAAGUACAAAGCCAACCGCGACAAAUGCGAAUUCGUGCGGCAGGAGCUGGAGUACUUGGGACAUUAUGUGACGCCGCAAGGCAUCCUUCCGCUUGCGGACAAGAUCGAGGCCCUCCGCGUAUGGCCCGAGCCCACCAACACCACGGACGUUCGUUCAUUCAUGGGGUUGGCGGCCUACUAUCAACAAUUCAUCACCGGGUACUCAAGGAUUGCUGCCCCUAUGACGAGAUUACAAUCGCCAAAGGUGCCAUUCGUAUUCGAUGACGACGCACGYCGGUCAUUCCAAGCACUUAAGACGGCCAUGCUCAUGGCACCCGUCCUUAGCAUCUAUGACCCCACCCUGCCUACGAGAGUGACAACUGACGCUUCCGGUUAUGGCAUUGGGGCAGUCUUGGAACAACACGACAACGAUGACUGGCACCCUAUGGAGUAUUUCAGCCACAAAGUGCCUCCCAUCAAUUCGCUUGAUGAUGCAAGGAAGAAAGAGUUGCUCACGUUCGUGAUGGCUCUCAAGCGAUGGCGACACUUCCUCCUUGGGCGUCGUAGGUUCACAUGGGUCACGGACAACAACCCAUUAACCUACUACAAAACGCAGGAUACGGUGAGCAGCACGAUCGGACGAUGGAUGUACUUCAUCGACCAAUUUGACUUCACACCGAAACAUCUCCCCGGCCUCCCCAAUCGCGCAGCAGAUGCACUAUCGCGACGACCUGAUCUUUGCGCGAUGACACAUCAUGCCUUCGCAUUCGACGAGAAACUCCAGCAACACUUCAUCCGGGGCUAUGAGUCUGAUCCGGAUUUCGCCACGUUGUAUGCGCAACUAUCUUCGGAUCACCCACCGGCCAGCCACUAUCGCAUUGUCGACGGGUACUUGCUCCUCCACUCGAGAGGCAAGGACUUACUAUGCGUCCCACGAGACCGUCGCCUUCGGACUCGCCUUCUCGGCGAGUAUCAUGAUUCGCGACUCGCCGUCCAUUUCGGAGACAGCCAAGUGAUGUACAUCUAUUCUCGCUCGUUGCCUGAGCCCAUCCGAGGACAUUUAGUCACCGAAGCGAACUCCGGUAAGUACAACUAUAGGCAAUUUUGUGACCUCGCCCUGCAAAGGGAACAGAUGACUUCUCAAGUCAAGAAUUCCUAUGCAGCGGUAGUCAAGUCUGGAGGAGGAGGAGGAAGACAGUACAAUGGGAAACGAGUGCUCUGGCGACAGAAGCACCAGGACCACACCCUUGUCGUCUUUGAUGACGACACAGUGGAAAAGUGGUCGAACGAGGAGAAUGAUAACAACAGUGACUCCGGGAAGGGGGAAGUCACUGCUGUUGUGGCCAAUAAGGGAGGACCACCCAGGACAGGAGUGAAGAAACAAAGAGCGUUUUCAUGGCACCCUGGCAUUGCUGAUGGGAAGCCAUGGGUGGAAAUGGGUAUGACUAGAAAGACUUGGCAGGAGCGCAUGGACAAUGCGCAAUGUCUCAAGUGCGGCACAGCGGGACAUGUGAUCGCCUACUGCCCUCAGAUCCGGAAGCAGUAGGAGUAGCAUCUGCUCCUACUGAGAUUAAGGGUAAGUCUAACGUKGUUGCAGAUGCAUUGUCUAGAAGAUGUGAUUUUUUUGGUGUCAUUGUUUCUUACCUAGACGUUGGGAAUGAUCUGAAAGAUAAAAUUCGCCAAGGAUA